UCGUGUCUUGAGCUUCUUGUCUAUUGUGAAAAGUACAGGUUCGACGACUUGGUGGAGGAUAAAAGAAGCUAGGCCUAUUUUCCCUAAACCAUCAUUAUAAGAACAAAAUUUAGAGGUAGACUAGCCUGAAGGGUCGGAAUAGAAAGCCACUUAUCUGUCUACACUGCUAUGACCGAAUACGAAGGUUCAAUGAAGAGACCCUCAGAGGAUGAAUUGGAAAGUGAGAUGGUCUCCAAAAGACCAAAAAAUACUGGACCUUCCAUUGAUGCAAGGUUUUUAAUACAGAGCAAGAAUGCUGGAGCAAUCAUUGGUAAAGCUGGCAGUAACAUCAACAGAUUGAGAAAAGACUACAAAGCAAGUGUUACAGUGCCCGACUGCCCUGGCCCAGAACGGAUUUUGACCAUUGUGGCUGAUGUAGAUACAGUUGGGGACAUUCUCCUGGAUAUCAUACCAAAAUUGGAAGAUUAUACACAUCAUCGAACCAUGAACUUUGAAUGCGAGCUUAGAAUGCUUCUCCAUCAGAGUCAUGCUGGCUGCGUCAUAGGUCGAGCAGGUUUUCGCAUUAAGGAGCUACGAGAGAAAACAGGAGCAAGUGUUAAAAUUUAUACCAGUUGCUGUCCAAUGUCCACUGAACGUAUUGUUCAAAUGACUGGUACACCUAGUGUUGUGGUCAGAUGUAUCAAGGAAAUUUUUAACCUAAUCAGUGAGACACCAAUUAAAGGCUUUAACCAACCAUAUGAUCCACAUAACUAUGAUGAAGAGUUUGCUCCAGAAUAUGGUGGUUAUGGUGAACCAGGACGGGGAAGAUCAGCACCAGUUGGCAGAGGAUUCAGGCCUGGAGGUAUUGGUCCAUCUCCUCGUGAUUGGCGGGACAUGGACCGUGGACCUGAUAUUCAUCCAGUGCGACAAAGUCUUGCUAAUCGUUCUCCAUGGAGGGGUCCAAUGAGAGGAAGAGAAGAUGGUUUUGGAGAUGGACCAAGUCGUCGUGGUCCUGCACCUCUACCCUUCCGACCACCUUCUGUUGCAAAUGGAGGUGCUCCUCGUGGUGGUUUUGGUGGGAUGGAUGGACCACCCCGUCAGAGUGGAUGGAUGAGUGAGGAUAUCAAAGUUACUGCUUCAGCUAAAGUCAAUAUUCCUAGAGAGAUGGCAGGAGCUGUGAUUGGUAAAGGAGGUCAGCGUAUCCGCCAAAUUCGCAGAGACUGUGGUGCAGAAAUCAACAUUGAGGACAGUCAGCCAGGUUCAAAUGAGCGUAUCAUCACUAUUUCUGGCAACCCUCAAGAGAUUCAAAUGGCCAAAUUUCUCAUACAGAAAAGCAUGCGAGAACAUGGAGGAGGUGGUGGUGGUGGUGGAGGAGGAGGUCGACGAUACUGAUGAAUGAAAACAGCGUGGGACUGUUUUGUUAAAAACUGAGUCAAAAUAGUCAUUUCACGCAUCCACUCCUGAGAAUUACACCAUUUUUGAUGUGGUAGUUCAUAGCUUCUGCUUCUGAUUGCUUUUCUGAUAAGACUAGGACUGGGUUUUUGUUUUUUGUGUACAUUCCAAAUUCAGCUCUAACCUUGCAUUGUCUUAGAAUGUGUUAACUGUACUUUUGACCAUAUCACUCCAAAAUAUAAGGCCAAGAAAUAUAUUUGUAUUCAUGAUUUUAAUAUAGUACUAUGUAGAGGAUUUAAAGUCUUUUUUUUUUUCUUUUCUUUCAUAUUACUACAUAUAUGUAUAUUUUAAAGGUAGAAUGUAGAAUGUUUCUGUUUUGACAUAUAUUAAGUUGACAUUACUGAGAUUUUGCUAAUUAUAAUUAAACUGAUAAUAGUACACAAAUGUAUCUAAAAUUGAAUUAUAGAUAUUGGUAUGGGUUUGAUCAAUUGAUAUUAAAACUGUUUAGAUUGAAAUGGCAUACAAACAAAGGGGAGCUCUGUAUUUAGUUCAGUACUAUUUGUUAUUUUUAUUUUAAACGUGAGAAAGUUACACAAUAAAUUGUUAUGUGAAUCAGAUAUUUCUAAAUGUUUUUUUUUUACCUUUUGGCACAAAUUCUAGUUUGAUUUUUAAUGUUUUACUAGAAUAAGUCUUGUGGAUAUUAUCUAUGCAAGUAAGUUUUUCUGUUUCCUUUUUAAAGGAAUGAGCAAAGCUCCAAAUUUGUCUUUUUCUUACCUUUUGUGCCAAAGUUCUGGUGAUUAAUUGCCUCUGGGAAAAAAAUUAAAACAAAUGUAUUAAUGUUCAAAAUGCACAAUAUUUAAAACCUUUCAUCAGAAUAUCAAAUUUUAAAAAUAAGAUUAAAAAACUAAUGUACAACAAAUACCCGAUUACACCUUCUGCUGUGAAGAUUCAGUCAAGAGUUAAUUUUUACUGUUGUCAUAUUAACACUCAUGUCCUUGGUCUUAUGAAUACAUGAAUGUUUCAAUAAAAGAACAUCUUACUGUUGUCA